CAAACUCCUGCAGUAAAGUGUAUUCGUAAAGGAUGACGGGCAUAUAUACACCAUUAUUCUUGUGCAUUACUUCAAUUCUUCUGACUUCAGUUUGGACAAGUCAUGAAGCUGGUUUUGAGGAGCAACGCGUGAAGACUGGGUCAGGAACAGAGGCAUUUCCAGGGGCUUGCAAGGCUUGUAAAUGGAUUGUAAAGAAGAUGAGGAAAGCACUCCCUGACGAGGCUGGUGAGGACAUAAUCAGAGAGCAGCUGAAAAGUGUGUGCAAUAAAACUUUCAUCCUGAAAUCUGCAUGCCGAUGGCUUGUGAGAAAGUACACUGACCAGUUGACGGCAGAACUUUCCACAUCAGAUGAUGUGAGGACCAUCUGUGUCCAUCUGAAGGCCUGCAGGCCAAAGUCUCUACCAGGCUUCAUCUGAGUGACAUGACAGAGCCAGAGGCUGAACCGAGACAAGAGCUCAGCUAUCUGCACUUCCGCUUGCUCUGUGCUACACUUCACUGUCGAGCAUCAGGCUUCAUGAAAUAUGUGGUUAUCUCAUCUUGUACAUCUGAUCAUAUUUUGCACCACGGUCAAGGAGAAAA